AUGGCUCCAAUCACUCCUCAUACCGAGCUAGUCACAGUCCGUAUCCCGGAUUUGUUCGUCUCUUUUCUUGCGGAACCUCCCAGGGUUAAUGCCCACUAUAAACAGGUGAAGCCAGAGGCAGAAGCCUGGAUCUCCAAAGUUUGCUCCUUUGACAAGAGAAUGUCAUCUCGUCUAAGCAGAGGAGAUUUUGGUUACUUCAUGGCUAUAUGUGCGCCUGAUGCACCUCGUGCGAAAUACCGGACAUUAGUUGACUGGAAUAACUGGGUAUUUCCGUUCGAUGACAUGUUUGACGAUGGCGAACUUCAAGACGAGCCAAUGGCUGCUACCAUGGUGUUACAGAGUCUUAUGAGUCCAAUGAUUGAAUCUCGCACAACCCCAGGGCAGACUCCUCCCGAGGAAGAUAGACUGCCUAUAAUUCAGGUUCAUGAUACAGUCUGGCAGAGAAUUGUAGAAGGCUCCUCAAGCGGGGUUCAAACGCGAUUCACCAAGGCAAUGACUGAUUAUUGCGCCGGCCUCGUAGUACAAGUCGAGGACGUUUCCGAACGUAGACCGCCAUCCACUCCUGAAGAACUGCUCAAGGCGCGGCAAUUGUCAAUCGGGGUCACUCCGUUGUUUGCGCUAAUCGAGUAUGCGCAUGGAAUUGAGCUACCCGACUAUGUCUUCGAACAUGCAGUCAUCCAGGAGUUCGUGGAACUGGGCAUCGAGUUCUGCGCAAUCACGAACGAUAUCAUGUCUUACAAGAAGGAAGAAGGACAGACGAUUCCUCAUAACCUCGUAGCGAUAGCGAGGAUGAGGGGCCUUGGAGCCCAGGAGGCAUUCGACUAUGUUGGGACCAUGCUGGAGAGCAGGUACGAGCGUUGGGAGAGAGCCAUUGUCGCGAUACCAGAUUGGGGCGAAGAGGUCAACAAGCAUGUGAGGAGCUAUGUCAAGGGUAUCGCCGAUGUCGUUCGUGCUAAUCUGUACUGGAGUUUCAAGACGGAGAGGUACCUGGGGAAGGACGGCGCCACCAUUCGGCAAAGCCGCUGUCUGCAAGUCCUGAAAUCUCCAGGGUAUCUACGUAACAACGCGUUGAUUUCGUGA